UUUCCCCCACUCCAUUUAUCUUCGCUAAAAAACGCUUUUCAACAGAUUUUUCAUUCUCUCUAAAAUCCCCAAAAGAUUACAAGGGGAUUAAAUUCUAGGUUUUGGGUUAAAUAAAUGUGAUGUCGAGGCCUUGGCUACUGGUUUUUGUAGUGUUUUUAGUAAUGUUCACUUCUCAAUUCGAAUGGAAGCAGCAAUUCGGUGAAGAAAUUGAGCCAUCUCCCACUGUUUCUCUUAAAGAUCAAUCCGUUUCCAAACGCCACGAAUACGUCAAAGAGAAGAUCAUACUCUCUCAAGAAAGGAAUAUUCAGAAACUGAACGAGCUCGUGAAGAAUCUUCGUCAACAGUUGCUUCAGUGUAAGACUGAAAACGAGGUCGUUAACAGUUCUGCAUUUGCUUUGAGCGAACAUUUAAGUGAGAUUGAACGGCAACCGACGUUGGAUGACUAGUAUUUUUGGGUCACUGCCAGUAGAAUCGGUACUUUCCGGUACGUGCAAUUGUGUAAACCUUGAUUUUCUUUCUUUUUGUAGCUUCACAAUGAUCAUUGAUUUAGUUUAGCUUGCAACACAUGAGAUGAAACUCUUGAAUGUCUCUUGUCGAUAUAUUUCAUGCUUGG